UACACAAUAUAUUGUGUUAAUUUAAUAGAGCCUUAAUGUUUAGCACAAAUGAAUCACUCAGUUUAGUGAUUUAUGUCAAAAAAGCACACAGACUGCAGCGGUAAACUGAGAUGACCACGAGUUACCAUGGUUACCAAGGGCAUCUAAACACAACAGGAACCGACCAGCGACACAACUUCUUUCACUGAGGUGCUACUUUGGUCUAAAGACCUAAAUUGAAAUAAUUUGGCCAGAUCUGUAACGUCAGAGGCUUAUUAGAAACUGAGAAAAUGUACAAAGCAGAUUUGCCUGUGGACCAGUCCAUAGAAAAGGCUGUGGAGAGGCGGAGGUCUGCAGAAACAGCACGUAAAGCUCGGAUCUAUAAUACCCGGCUUCGUGUGCUGGGCCUCGACCUUGAUGCUCUCAAUAAACAGGUCCAGGAGAAAAAACAUCAGCAAAACACAGAGCUGCAAUGGGAAAAAGCUUUUGAUAAGCUCAGAGAGCGUCAUGAUGAAAUCCUGCUGCAGCAAGACAUUGAUGAAAGAGAGAAGCGAGCAGCUUUGCACACUGACCUGACCCAGUAUUGGGCCACUCAACAGCGUGUAGAGGACUCACGCGAUGCUGAUCUCAAUUGCGGCCUGAAGGGGGCAUUCAGGUUCACCAUUCCAGAGGGUGAGCUGGGCCCUGCCAGUAUGACAAUCUUCCAGGGAGAGGACACUGGAGAGGAGCAGAGGAGGAGAGAACAAAUGAAAAAGACAGACAGAGAUCUGCAAGCACAGAAGGAAGACAAUGAGAGGAGGCGCAUGAGAGACAAGCACAGAGAGAGUCUCAUGAGCAAAGAGCUUGUGCAUCAGGACCUUAAGGGGGUUCAGCUACAUGCACUAGAGGAGGAGUGUCGGAAAGCUACCCGCAUGGCACUCGACAACUACAAUCGAGCUCUGGCUGCAGAGCAGGCAGAGAAACUGAAGGAGCAGCACAGGAGAGAAGAAAGGGAGAAUCUUGAGGAGAUGCUGCACACGGCGACAUCCGACAUGAUGACAGAGUGUGCAGAGGCAGCGGAGAGAGAGGUGGAAAGGGGGAGGCCAACACGGGUUCUGAUAGACAGAUGGAAGGGGAUGAGCGCUGAGCAGCUGAGCGCCAUCCAAAGGGAGAGAGAAGAACAGCGUCUUGAGAGACAGAGGCAACGUGAUGCUGAGAAGAUUCGGGACACAGCUCGGGAACUCCAGCUACUGAAGCUGUCCAGAGAAGCAGAGGAGGAGGAGAGGAGAGCAGAAAAGCUGAGGAGAGAGAAGAGGAUUCAGACAGAUCAUUUCAACAUGCAGCUGGCCAGAGAGCAGCAGGCACAUCAGGAGUACCUAAACAAGAAGCUGUACACCAACAAACCCACCAAGGACUACUUCUAUCAAUUCAACACCGGCUCCCGCUGACAACCACACAAUGUACACAGGCUGUGACAAUGUGCAAAUUAAAUCUAUUGAUUGUUAUACUCACACUCACUGUGAAUCGAAUCGUGAUCGAUCAAUACUUGCUGCUUAUUCUGAAGAGACACAUAUGCAUUGAUUUUAUUGGCAGAUACUGAUGACAAAGAAGGGACCCUUGUUUUGGUACAGAUUGUUCCACGUAUUUUAUUUUUCAGUCAUAAAUCCGGUUACAGUGGUAGAUUCAUAAUGCAGUUACAGUUAUAGUGGCCACCCAACUCCUGUCGUUCACCCAUGACACAUAUAGAUACCAUCAGUUCCAUUGUGCACCCCACACAGCACAAAGAGGCACAUCUGCACCCCGGCAGUGACACACACACUCCCUGCCCCUCCUUCCUCUCCUAUUUACUCUCACCCCUCCCCUUCCUCUCAGCCAUUGUUGUUUAAAAUCUGCCUGCUUUUUUAUUGAGUUCUGAAGAAGCUUUUCUAAAUGAACCAAUUCACUUUUUUUUGUUUUUAUCUUUUAAAUAUUAAAAAAAGGGGGAAAACAACAGCAAAAAGCAAAGAUCAACAUCCUCAGCUUUCCCCUCGACACAUGAAAAG